AUGCGAGAACAAGCUUUUAGUACUUGCCGCGAGUCCGUUUAUCAAGGGAACUCUGCGACACCCCUCGACCACCACGAGGCGCGCCGAUCGCAAUCACAAUCACAGCAACCCGUGAGUGCGCGCAAAACGGCAACACCCGGCAUGUCGGCGGCACCGGGGCACGCGCACACGCGGGUGACGACGGGCGAGGAGGGCGAGGAGCUAGACCCCAUGGUGGAGCAGUUACAGGACUGCAGCCGCCUUUACGUCCGCCUCGAGAACUGCCUUGUGGAGCACGACAGGGACUGGAGGAAAUGCCAGGAAGCCCGUGUUUUCCUGCUCUCUCUUCCCGUCUGCUCCCAGAGGUUCGUUCCCUGA